AUGGGUUUGGAGAAGUGUUUUAAAACAGUAAUUUGUUACAUGCUGUUGUUCCUUCCAUUGAUAAAAGUAGAUGCGAGCAAUUUAAAUACUCGUGGAAAUUAUAACCUAGAUAUUCUACACUUGUGUAUUGGACUGAAAGCUUCACAAUUGGAAGUAUGUAAUCUAAUUGAGUUGGUGGACGAUAUUCAAAUCUAUGGUUUGAACUGUAAGGUAGAAGAUUGCAAAAAGAGUUGUUGUUCAAAUAUUAAAAAGUGUUAUAAAGAUAAUUUUUCAUAUAGUGCGAGAAUAAACUGUGUUUCGGGAUGGUUAAAUCAUGAUUUUGGAAAAUGUUGUAAAAUUAAGAAUAAAAAGAACAACAAAAGUAAAGUUUUAUAUGUGUCGGGGGGACUGGGAUUGUUGGUUGCUACAUCUGGAUUAUUCAUGUUAACAUAUAAUCAAAAAUCACCCAAAGGACAUGGAUCCGAAGAGACUCAGGAGAAUGUGCAUCUCAUGGAAUAUGAAGAAAAUUCUCCACACCUGAAUGUGAAUCAAAUAAUGGCAACUGAUGAGGACGACGUUUUUUGGCAGGGAUAG